UUCUUUCCCAAAAACAUUGUCACUCCCGCCUCAAUUCAGCAUUUCAUUCUCUCUCAAGGUCUGAAUUAUCAGCUUCACCACAGCAAGCUGGCACCUCCUCCUUUAAUCUUACAUCCUAUAGUAGUAGCGCAGUUCACAGAGGCAUCUUCGAGCCUUCGAAGACUCACUGCUAACUAUCCCGUUUGCAGAGGCAACAGCAAAGUCCACCGAAGUAAGGUAAACUCAAUGGCAGAUUCAUCAGAAGGAGAGGAAGAAGGGAAGCUUACAGGAGGUAGCCAACAGCUUUUGGUUGAUGAUGACCUCUGUGAGAUGGCUAAGAAGGCUGCUUGGAGUGUCAGCUCAUGCAAAGCUGGAAAUGGCAUUAAUUCCCUUGGAGAUGAUAACCUUGAUACAUACUGGCAAUCUGAUGGUGCACAACCUCAUCUGAUAAAUAUACAAUUCCAGAAGAAAGUAAAGCUCCAAUUAGUAGUUUUAUAUGUUGAUUUCAAGCUUGAUGAGAGCUACACCCCUAGUAAGAUUUCAAUUCAUGCCGGUGAUGGUUUCCACAACUUGAAGGAGAUAAAAUCCGUGGAACUUGUCAAGCCAACUGGAUGGGUGUAUAUAUUAUUGUCUGGGAAUGAUCCUCGUGAAACCUUUGUCAACACUUUCAUGUUGCAAGUGGCAAUUUUGUCAAAUCAUCUGAACGGGAGGGACACUCAUAUCCGCCAGAUUAAAGUCUAUGGACCUAGACCGAAUCCCAUUCCACUUCAACCAUUUCAAUUCACCUCAACAGAGUUCAUUACCCACUCUAUUGUGAGGUAAACAUGUUUCAAUGUAACAAAACAGUUUAUUCAAGGUUGUUAAGGAUGAUAGGUGUUUAGAAAGUGCAAACAAAGUGUAUCAUGGACCAAUGCAAUGCUGGAAAGUUUUUUUUCUUUGAAUGAAAAUGAGAACAAUAUGAUAGUGUAGUUUUGUAAAUUCACAAAAAGAAUUCCUAUUUGUUGUCAUGAACCAUAUUGUUAAAAGAAGGAAAAAAAUAAUCUUGCUUGCUA